GGAGUUGCUAAUUGUUACUACUAUACUCUACUUAUCGCCGCAGGCAUCGCCGUAUAUCUACUUAACAGUCAUAAGUAUAUCCUUUAAUCAUCUGAGAUUAUUAUACGUGGGCAAGAUGGGCAUCGUGAGAAACCCGCCAAGAUUAGGUCGGUCAAAACCAGGCUUGUCAAAGCCAGGCUUGUCAAAACCAGGCUUGUCAAAACCAGGCCUGCCAAAAUCAAACAAGCCAGAAUUAUGGAAGCCUGCUCGCAAGACACGCUCGUUGUUCGACAAGCCGUUCGCUUCGGCGAGGGAUUACAAGCUGCGUAUGAGUUCCGGCUGGACAGUAAGCGAUGGAACGUAUAUAUCCAUACCUGAAGAUCGAAAGACUAAGAGGAACGUCCCGCAUCCAAGCUAUAUUCACGACGCUUACCGGGCCACUUUCGGACUUAGCACUCUUCAGCUUGCCCACAAUGCCCCGAUUUCCAUGUGCGCUCUGGACGUCGCAACCGAUCACCUCUGGAAGUGCUCUCCCCCUUUUGUCCAGACUGAGGUCAGUGUAUAUCCUCCAAACGGGCCAGCCCUCUGGUCCCGAGACGAGAGCCAUCAGGAGGCGAUUUUCAAGGAGACGGAGCGCCAGACAGAGAAGAGGGGCAAGGACGUGUACGGGGGAUUCAAGACCAAGCCUUGGGGUAUCUGGCCGCUCUGGGUGGAGGACGAAUGGGGAUACGAUUACGUCCUGCUCGUCUGGUAUGCCGACAGUACGGAUGCGUCUCCCGACUCCUUCGAAACUGUCACGAUGGCUACUAUAUACGACCCCCGCCGUCAUCCGAAGAGCCACGAUGAUGGAAAACAUUACCCGAUUAGUGAGCGCAGACAGAGACUAGAGAGACAGGUACGGAGAUUCUUUAAUCGGGCGGGCUUUAAUACGUCUAGGUUGGCGUUUAAGAAGGGAAGCAUUAGCCCCAUGCCGAUCGGCGAAUGUACGUCGGGAGAACGCUGCUUCGCGGCCGUCAAGGAAUUGCUGGAAAGCAUCAUGAACUACUACCUUGAUAUAGCCCAGGGAGCACAACAGGAUUUCUCGAUGGGCUUCUGGAAUCUCUCGCAGUGGGUCAAUCCAUAUCAGUACCGCAUCGAGAUGGCCGGUAUCAACGCGUGGACGUUGAUGGCGACGUUUGACUACAACGCCCGCAUCGCUGUAGAGUGUGUAGAACCUGAUAUCAAGACGGAAGUCGUGGUCGACGGUCGACGCCGAGUACUUAAGCCUAAUCAUCUUGCUGGUUCGUCUACCGCGCCACUGGUUUCUGCGGACGACUAUCUUCUCUACCCGGCUCCCAAAGCAGAAUCCGAACCCGAACCCGAAUCCGAAUCCGAAUCAGAGUCCGAAUCAGAGUCUGAAUCGGAUGUAUCAAAUCCCGAAUCAGCUUGAUGAGAUGAAAUCUGGAGAUGGGGGGAUAGUCAGAGUUUCCUAACGAUGAGGACUAGAAUCUCGGGGUGAGCAAUGGCGUAAGCGGAGUUCCGGAACGAGGACGAGGCAAUGUAAAUAUACAGUUGCACGAUGGUUUGUAUUUUAGAAUGUACUUAUAGAUUGUAUGGAUCCUGAGUUUCCUCAAGUGAUUCCGUGAAUGAAUUGAUUGUUCGUGUAAGUUACAAGUAUAAAGUACCUCCUUAUCUCUUAGAGACCCAAACAAGGGUUUGUAAACUACCUGUGCCGUUCGCUACCAGCCGUUUUUACA